AUGGAAGUUGAAGAAGAAGUUAAACGCGUCGUUGAUGAGGUUAAAGAGCUUCAUGACUCCGCCUCUUCUUUUAUCUCGUCUUCUUCCCAACAAGAGACCACUCUCCGUCAAAAAGCCUCCGCCGUUGACGCCUCCAUCCGUCGUCUCCACUCCACUCUUCUUGAAGAAGAUCUGCAUCGUGCUAGAUGCAUGCUCUCUGAUGGAGACACCUCUUCGUUUCUCCCUUCCAAACCUCAAGGACGAUUUGUACGAAUGUUUCUGGGUCCUGUAAAUGUUCGAGCUUUGCGUAAAGACGUUCAGCUCAAAGUUAAAGAAGAAUACAAUAGCUACAGAGAUAAGACUGCUCUUCUUUUUCUUUUUUUCCCUGCAACACUUUUGAUCCUUAGAUCUUAUUUUUGGGAUGGAUGUUUGCCUGCAUUCCCUGUUCAGCUCUAUGAGGGUUGGUUGUUAUUCCUCUAUACUGGAUUGGUUAUGCGAGAGAACGUAUUGAGAGCCAAUGGGAGCGAUAUCCGUCCAUGGUGGUUAUAUCAUCACUAUUGUGCCAUGGCUAUGGCCCUUGUCAGCCUCACAUGGGAAAUCAAAGGUCAACCAAACUGUGUCCAGAAACAGAGAGGAGUCCAUCUUUUCCUGCAAUGGGCUAUGAUGCAAGGUGUCGCCAUGCUUCUGCAAAACAGAUACCAACGCCAAAGAUUAUACACUCGCAUUGCACUCGGAAAGGCUAAGAGGAUGGAUGUCGUAUGGGGAGAAACAGCUGGAGUUGAUGGACAGUUGUGGCUGUUAUGUCCUAUACUGUUCAUUUUACAGGGGUUUGAAGCAUACGUUGGACUGCAGUUGCUAAGGGCAGCAUUAACCGGAGUUGUUGCCGAAUGGCAGGUGAUGGUAUGUGGCAUUCUUCUAGUAGUGAUGGCUGUUGGGAACUUCAAAAACACAGUAGAGACACUGAUGGCAAAAUCGAGAUUUAAGGCGAAGAUGAAGAGAAGUAAAAGCAGAGCAGAGCUUAAUUAG